AUGGGCUGUGGAAUGUCAACUGAAUAUCGAGAAGACGAAAAAGAUCCCCUGAUCUUCCGCGGCCCUCAAUACGGAUCCACGUGGCAGCACCAGUCCAUGUACCAGCCCAUAUAUAAGCCAGAAUCCCAGCCCAUCAUCCCCAUCCAAGAAACAGACAGCACAUACAAAGUGACGCUAUCUACCUACUGUAGUGCCUGUCGCCUCAAGGCUCAAGGAACCAAAUGCUCCGACCAAUCCAAAAAAGCAUGGAUGCUUGAACGGCUAGUUUCCGUAUCGCCGACUGCCCUACAGCAAGCGGUAGAUAUCCAAGUAUAUGGGAUGAAGGAGUUGCAGAAAUACCUUAAGUACAAUUCGAACAACAAUCCGCGUGUUCAGCUACGAGGUGAUUUCUGCGCUUACUCUGGAGAUCCACAAGGACAUUCAGGGCCGGAGAAGUACGUUGAAGCCGUAGUGCAAGAGGCCUUGGAAGAUGAGGAAGAUCGGUCGUUGAGUCCGUGCCGGUUGCCUAGGGUAGCUUCAAAACCGACCCCCGACUACCGGAUGUCAAAGAAACCCAUGUGCCGCUUCCAGUCGGAAUCAAGUCGGAGCGGUUGA